GCUGGGAGCGGGCGCAGUGUCUCCCGCAGCUGGGAUCCUAAUAAAGUUGCAUUGAGCGGAAACCGGCCCGCGCCCGGCAAGAGCGCACGGAGCACCGGCGGGGACACCCUCCUCCGCUCCCCUCCCCCCGCCUGCCUCACUUGGCUUAGGACAGAAACUGGAACAAUGAGUGGAAGUUGCGAAGAGGCCAAUUUAAAGAUAGGCUUGAUAUCAGGAAGAACUUCCCCAACAGCACUGCUCAAAAGUGGAAUAAGCUGCCUCCUUGAUGGUCUUCAAUCAGUUUGGAUAAAACAUUUGGAUACACCUGAUGCAAGAAAUGCUGAAUCUUCAUGAAGAUAAAUCAGUGUUUUACCAUUAUUGGUUAAUUAGUUCUUCUGUAGAAAGAUAGUAUAUUGUUUAUCACCUGUGAUAAUCACUUCAAAUACACAUCGACAUUUGGUGGAAAGAAAGUUUCUUGAAGAUUUAUAUCAAAUGACGUCAAUGGCCAGCUUGUUCUCUUUUACUAGCCCAGCUGUAAAGCGAUUAUUGGGCUGGAAACAAGGUGAUGAAGAGGAAAAAUGGGCAGAAAAAGCAGUUGAUGCUUUGGUAAAAAAGUUAAAAAAGAAAAAGGGUGCAAUGGAAGAACUAGAAAAAGCACUGAGUAGCCCUGGGCAGCCCAGCAAGUGUGUUACUAUUCCUAGAUCUUUAGAUGGAAGACUACAGGUUUCUCACAGAAAAGGCUUACCCCAUGUUAUUUACUGCCGAGUCUGGCGUUGGCCUGAUUUACAGAGUCAUCAUGAGUUGAAGCCAUUGGAUAUUUGUGAGUUUCCUUUUGGAUCUAAGCAAAAGGAAGUUUGUAUCAAUCCAUACCACUAUAAGAGAGUGGAAAGUCCAGUCUUACCUCCAGUAUUAGUGCCUCGACAUAGUGAAUUCAAUCCACAACACAGCCUUCUGGUUCAGUUCAGGAAUCUAAGUCACAAUGAACCACAUAUGCCACAGAAUGCUACAUUUCCAGAUUCUUUCCAGCAGCCCAACAACACUCCUUUCCCCUUAUCACCAAAUAGCCCUUAUCCUCCUUCUCCAGCUAGCAGCACAUACCCCAACUCUCCUGCCAGUUCUGGACCAGGAAGUCCGUUUCAACUUCCAGCUGAUACUCCCCCUCCUGCUUAUAUGCCUCCUGAUGAUCAGAUGGGUCAAGAUAAUUCUCAGUCUAUGGAUACAAGCAAUAAUAUGAUUCCUCAAAUUAUGCCAAAUAUAUCCAACAGAGAUGUCCAACCUGUUGCUUAUGAAGAACCCAAGCACUGGUGUUCAAUUGUCUAUUACGAAUUAAACAAUCGAGUUGGAGAAGCUUUUCAUGCAUCUUCAACAAGUGUUUUAGUUGAUGGGUUUACAGAUCCUUCCAACAACAAAAGUAGAUUCUGCUUAGGUCUGUUGUCAAAUGUUAAUCGUAACUCAACAAUCGAAAAUACCAGGCGGCAUAUUGGAAAAGGGGUUCAUCUUUAUUAUGUUGGAGGGGAAGUCUAUGCCGAAUGCCUGAGUGACAGCAGCAUAUUUGUACAGAGUAGAAACUGCAACUUUCAUCACGGUUUUCAUCCUACCACUGUCUGUAAGAUUCCUAGUGGCUGCAGCCUAAAGAUUUUUAACAAUCAGGAGUUUGCUCAGCUUUUGGCACAGUCUGUCAACCAUGGAUUUGAGGCAGUCUAUGAACUCACCAAAAUGUGUACGAUUCGAAUGAGCUUUGUAAAGGGCUGGGGAGCUGAAUAUCACCGGCAAGAUGUUACCAGUACUCCAUGCUGGAUUGAAAUUCAUCUUCAUGGGCCUCUACAGUGGCUGGAUAAAGUACUUACUCAAAUGGGCUCCCCUCUUAAUCCCAUAUCUUCUGUUUCAUAGUGCUGAAGUCUUAUCUUCAGUUACUAUUUUAGUGACCUUAUUUUAAUUUUAGAGAAACCUUUAAUAUGGAUACUGUGAGCUUACAUGGAGAACAGAUAUUACAGCUUACUUUUUUCUACCUACUUGUGACCAAUACAUUUGUAUUUUGUAAUGAAAAGACAUUUUUGUUUUUACUCAUGGUUGUAUUAUAAAAAUGGUAGUUGAAGUCUCAAAAAUGGCCUGAAAGAUACAGAGCAAUUAUUGUGACCCUUCAUAUAUGUAAAGUUAAUUAUUUGAUUUUGCAUUUAUCUUAAACUGGAAAAUGCAUUUAUUUCAGUUUUUAAAUGAACAAAAAAUAUCUCAGUGUGAGAACUCAGAGGGCAUGUUGUGUUUCUUUUUUUUUUUUUUUUUAAAUAUAAACUGUGUUUUAGUUAAAGAAAUGCCAUUCACUGUUCUAGCUUUCAGGUAAAUAGUAGUAAAGCAAAACUAUACUUUUAUAGAUGAAACAUCAUAAAAUUUAGAUUUAUUUCCUUUAAACAUUUGCCUUACACAAUAAUGUGACUUCAUUGUAUAUUUUGAAAUACGCUUAAAAAAUUAUUACAGCUAGUGGUAUCAAAUAUGUGACAAUAUUCUAGUUCUGUCAUGAACACUACUGUAUAUAGCUGGAUGACAGGUCACAGUUUUGGUCCACUUUGAUUAUGUUGCCUUUAGCCACCAUUGUAAGGAUUGUAAUUUAGUUAAGAAUAAUCUUUUUAUUUUGCACUUUUAUGGGUGAAUAUUUUUAGUGUAGCCUUUGAAAAAGCGCCCAAACAACUUGGAUGUAGUUGUUAAUCAUUAGCUUGUUUGCUACCCCUUCUUGUGUCUUAAUACAAACACUUCAAUUCAUAAAUGACAGCACAUAACUUAAGUUGCAAGAAGGGUUUUUUUUCCCAACCAAAUUGUAAGAUUUUUGUUUCCUAGCUUUAACUCGAGAUGCCUUUUCACUCACAGUUGUAAUAGAUAACAUUAAUUUUUUCCAAUUUAGUAUUUUAUUGUAUCCCAAUUACAUGUAAAAACAAUUUUUUAAUAUUUCCUUUUAAAACUGAGCUCCAAAUUCUCUCCCUCCUUCCCCACCCCCCUCAUUGAGAAGGUAGGCAAUUUGAUAUAUGUCAUACAUGUGUAGUCAUGGCAUAGAUGUUAAGUGCUUGAUUUCAGCCCUGAGUAUGAGUCACAUUAGGCCUUUUCUCAAAAAUGUACUUUGUGGCAAAUAAAUAGUUGUUUCAUGGUGUUUCAUAGUGAAUCUUCAGUGGUUUCUAAGGUUAUUGUUUUUAAAGAGUUUACGCAUCAAAGAAUGUAAAUUGAACUGUUAGCAGUUGUGCAAUAGCUCUUCCUAAUUCACUGUCUAGAUAAAUGGCAGCUAAACACCCCCAAAUAACAUUUUUUUUUAGGCAAUUGGGAUUAAGUAACUUGCCCAGGGUCACACAGCUAGUAAGUGCCCAUAUAAAAUUUUUGAUGAGAGAGAUUAAAACUUUAAACCUUCAUUGUUGGUUAACUGAGCUUCUUGUGAGCUGCUAUAAUUUUCAGGUUAAAAGAACAGUCACUUUCUCAAGGGUGGAAUAACUAUGGGAGAAGGAAAGGAUACCUUUGAAGCAAUUUAUUUAGUUACCUAUCCUCAGAAAUUUCAUUGUUGAAUGCUUUCAUAAAGUAUAUGAAAUGGACAUUUUAUAGGUAGGAAGGAUGCAGGUAUACUAAUUUGGGGUUUUUAAAUGCUAUACCUGAUUUCAUACUUUACUGAUCUUAAGAAAGAAAUGUGCCUUUUUUAUGGAGAAUGUGAUUCUUUUCGGCAUCAAUAACAAUAUUUAUUUGCUUUUUGUGAAUUGCAACUAGUAGAUAGCAGAUGUUUGUAAUUUGGUUGAAAUAAGCCACACAAAAUUUCAUGUUACGCUAGAGAUGAACCUUUGGCUGGAUGAAAGGAAUGCUUAACAGUCAAUACCUGAGUCCUUUUGACAUCUGGAUCUUCCUAAAUUCAGUUUUUUCACUCUGCUUGGGAAAUAGCCCUAGCCUUUUCUUUUGGGGCGGGGGGGGGGGGGGAGGCACUCUCAGAGAACCAACUCGAGGAAACUUUAAUGGUAGAAGUCAGUAAAGCUUAGUUAAUAACAGAAGAGAGCCAGUGGAUCAUUUUCAUGAUGACAUAAAUGUGUUUUACAGUUUUGAUACUGGAUCAGGGGAGAUAUUGAGUUUGGCAGUUUGAACAGAUUAAGUGUUUGAACUUAUUUUAAAAGUUAGUCAGGGAAUGAUUUAACUUUUCAUAAACUUUAAUAAUUGCUGGAUAUUAUUACCCUUCUGAAUUUGGAUUUAGUUUACAUAACAGCCCCUGAAGCCCCUUGCUUCUUUGUCACCCACAAGAAAAAUUUUAAAUGACUAUAUACAUAGCAAGCAUUAUAUGUAUAUCACAACCCAGGAUAUUAAAACUUUGAUUACUUGGUCAACUUGAAUUUCCUCUUUUAAACUGAGAUCAAGUCCUAUCUCUUUGGUGAGAAUUUGAGUAUUGUUACCAUAAUUAUCAGUAAAUUGAAUUUGAAGGGUUACAGUUUUAAGACCAGAAGUGGUAUUAUAGCAACUUUUUUUGAGUGCAGAUCUCUCAACUGUUAAUCUAGAGAUUUUUUUAGGUGAAUAUAGAGAAGGCUUAGGGCUACAUACAGUAUAUUUAUUACCAGUUAAGACAACUUUAGAAUCUAAGGUACUGUUUGUCUCAUCUUCAGAUCCAGCUCAAGCACCAUUUGACUCUCUUGAUAUUAUUACUCACUAUAUACUUCUCCCUACUGCCAAAAUCCAAUAGUUCACCAGAAUUAAUUAGGUGAAUUGAACUGUUAUUGAUAAGACAAUGAGGGAUAUCACACAAGCAAACUAUAUUGGGUCAGAAACAAAACUUUUUCAUGGUAAACAUACAGAUUAGAGAAUAGGUCUUGGGAUCUACCAAUAUAUAGUUUUUGAAUUACACUGUCCUAAAGCAGUGGUAAAAUAGGUGCCUCACAAAUUAUCCUUGGAAAUAAAAAUCUGAAAAUAAUUUUAUCAGAGGUUAUCAAGGGCACAAUGCAAAAAACAACAAAAACCCAGUAACUGUUGUCUGUUCUGGGCUAAUCUCAUAUAAAAAGGAUAUGUGUAUAUUUUUCUCUUCAAGGGCCAGCCACUUUUUCAAUUUUAACAACCCUACAAUUAAAACUUAAAAAGAAGAGACAAAACAGUCAAGCCUAUGUCGUCUGCUCUCUCUGCACAGUCAUCUGCCAUUACCUAUAAGUAAGGCUGAAGAGUGAGGUUUUGAUGGGAAUGGCCAGUGUUAAUUAAGGUUAUUGAUUUACCUGUGCUAUACAAAAUAAGGCUGAGGAUCUGGGCCCAGCUUAGUGCAAGGUGCAGAGUUUUUCAUAAUGAAAAUUAGCCCUCAAAAUAUAGUUGUGUCUCUACAGAGAAGAUUGCAGUGUCAAUAAAGUCCUAAUGUCAGAGACCAUCAUUAUGAAAUGUUUUCAUGUGGUACUUUCAUUAAAGGAACUUUGACAAAUGCAGUUAAUGUGAUAUAGUCUCCCUCCUGCCCUCUUCUACAUUCUUCCCUACCCUUACUGAAUCAUAAGUGGUAUUUGGGAGGGUAUUUUUUGGGGGGGCGGGGUAGUCGGUGUUGAUAAAGGAAGAGAUUCAGCUCUAAAGAAACCUAAAUUUUGUUUUGUUGUUGCUUUCAAUGUAACAUACUAGGCACUAUACUAGAACUUUGAGUGAUAAAAAGGUGAGAAAUAAUAGCAUUUGAUGACACAUUGACAUCCCAAAGAGCUAGAAUUAUAUUGACUUAGAAAAAUGAACUCAUUUGAGUUGAUAUUCUUACUAGUGCUUCAUUAUGGUCAAGACUCUGAUUUGAUCCAAUAAGUUAUUCAUAUAAGUGUUUGUGAAGGGCUGUUCUCUCUAAAAUAAUAAAAAAACAGGCCUUAUAAAAAACUAGUAUUCCAUGUUGACCACCCUGUAAAGCAAAAAUAUGACUCUGUUUUCCCCUUUGAAUGGCCAUCAAGUUAAUGUGCUUUGAUUUAAUCAUAAGGAUUCUUAAUAAAAAACUUUUUAGUUAUAGCAACUGGUAGUAACAGUUUUGCAGAUGUUUUUUAAAAAAAGUUCAGUAAAUGACAUUUUGAGAAGAACUAAUUGUUUUACUUUUAACUGAUUCUUUUACCAUCUUAUGAAGUUUGGGACUUUUUGUAUGUGUGUGCCUAUGCAUUUCUAAAAGGAAAUUUGAUAUGCAAAUGAUAGACCAAAUUAUUUGAUUAUACCAUCAGUCUGCAUCUCAUUUGUAAUGCUAACAUUAUCAUGCUUUUGUUUACAUUAUAGGAAAUGAGAUUCUAGCAACCAAGUUUUAAUUUUCUUCUCUUUUUGUUAAUUUGUAAACUGUAUUAGUCUUUAUUGUGCUUUACAAAAUCCAUAAUGCUUAUGAAUUUUUGCAUAUUGCUCAUAAAUACUCUGUAUUUCAAUAAACCUCAUUCUUUUCUCUUGUUUUUAAUUUUUUUGUUGUUGUUUUGAGCAUACAUGCUAGAAAAAGUGAGCAUUUCCCUAUGCACAACAGAACAUAAGAUUGUACAUGAAACCAGGAAAUCUCCAUUUUGUGAUGCUUUUUUUAAUGUAUAUGAUAAAUUCAUUUUCUUACUUUCAAAAUUGCCUUGCUUUUCUUUGCUUCUUUCUAAACUGUUUUCUGUUCUGUGCAUUUUAAAAAUUGUUUCGAUGACUCUUUUGGCAUCACUAUUGCUAAUUCACUCUCCAACUAUCCCCCCCCAAAUGAAAAACAAAACCAAAACCUUUAUAGCAGUUAAGUAUAGUCAGGCAAAACAAAUCCACACAAUUACUGUGUUUAAAAAUGUAUGGUCUUUUUGCACUUUGACCCCAUCACCUCUUUGUCGGGAUUUAGGGAAUAUGUUUCAUCAUAGGUCCUCGAUCAUUGCUUUGAUCAGAGUUUUUAAAAGUCCUUAAAAGUUGUUACAUUGUUGUCCUUGUAGAAAUUGUUUACUUGAUUCUAUUCCCUUUAUCCUACAACAAAUCAUCCCCCAGAUUCUGAGUUUAUUUUUUUACAAUGCAUUAAUUUUACAUUCAUAUGCCACAAUUUAUUCAAUCCCUAAUUGAUGGGCACCCUUUUGUUUUCCACUUUCUUUUUAUUUUACUUUUAAUGCUCUUCCUCUCUAUUUCCACCCAUUUUCCUGUUGAGUUUGAUGUAUUUCACAACAAAUCACAUGUGUAUCUGUCUAUUCGUUCAGCCCUCAGUCCAGUUAAGAGUGGGGUUCACCUGAUGCCUUCUCUGUUUUUUUUGGCCAUUACAUUCCUGGGGCUUUUCCUUUAGGGGUUUAUUCCUUUAGGGGUGAUCUGCAGUUUCUUUCUAUUAUCAAUUUGUCUUCUGAUUCUAAUAUAUCUAGGCAUUUUUUAUGAUUUCUUGAAAUAUGGUAUCGAAGCCUUAAAAUUUUUUAACCAUAGUUUUCAGGGAAUAUGAUUCUGAAAUUCUUCUUAACCUGUUUUCUAGACCCAUUGUUUUGUUGUGAGAAUACCUUAACAUUUUUUUCCCCUGCUUAAUUUCUUCUAGGUAUUCACAUAGUCCUUGUGAAAAAGUCCACUUUUCCUUUGAUUCUUUGCUUAGUUUUUAUGAAGCUAUUUUCUCAUUUUAGGUUAUAUUUUGGGAUAUCUAGAAUGCUUAAGUGGCCAAAAUCUUUUUUUUUAUUCAUUUCUUCAGCCUCACUUCCUGAUUUGGAGUAAUAGUAAAUUAGACUACAAAUGCUAGGUUGCCUUAAUUUUAAGCCAAAUUCUGAUUCUCUAUUUUGUAAAGGUUAUGUAUGUUUAUUUUUAAAUUGACAAGGUUUAGUAAAGCAUUAAUUUAGAGAACCUUAUUUCAGAUCUUAGCUCUGCUGUUGACUUUGGGCAGGUCCCUCUGUUGUGAAAGUUUUGUUUUUUGUAAAAUGUGAUGAAGUUGAAUUAGGUGAUCUCUAAGGCCUAUUACUCUAAAUCCUAUUAAUACCCUUUGUCCCACCAUUUUUCCUCCUUUGUCAUUUAGUAUUUGUGAAAGGAAUACAAGUUUUUUAUAUGUCUGAAAAAACAUAAUUAUGAUGGUAAUCUGAAAAAAAUUAAAAAGCUAAAUAGAAAUAUAUAUGCUAUGUUUUUAUAUGUGUAUAACUUUUAUUAUCCAAUACUGUGCUCUCAUAGCUCAGAUGAUAGAGAAGACUAUAUUUGGAAAGCUAUGCUUUUGCAAGAUGAAUUUUCUUGACAUUCUAAGCCAUAGAAAUUUGUAUUAAAAUUACAAACAAAAGUUUCACAUUACAGAAUAAAAACCUGACUUUUUUGAAUUGUACUUGUUUAGUUUUUAAAAAUUAGUUGCUCUACGGGGCAGCUAGGUGGCACAGUAGAUAGAGCACUGGUCCUGGAUUCAGGAAGACCUGAGUUCAAAUGUGACCUCAGACACUUGACACUUACUAGCUGUGUGACCCUGGGCAAGUCACUUAACCCCAAUUGCCUCACCAAAAAAAAAAAAAAUCAGUUGCUCUAAUUGUAGCCUCAUUUCCCCAAAGCUGUAACACUUAAGUUGUCAAAAUAAUUAUAAGAAAAUGUUGAUAAUAUAAGAAAAGAGUUUAAAAUUAAUUUAAUUUUAAAAAAUCUAAAUCAAAUGAGGCUUUACAGAUUAUAUUAGAGCACAGGGUGAGGGAAUUAGGGGUAUCAGGGCUAUGGGAGCAUUCUUACUGUGGAACUAACAUGUCUGUUGGAAAACUUUGCAAUUAUUACCGCAUGGUUCUGCUUAGAAUUUGAUACAGAUUCUAACUUUGUACAUUUUGGGGAAAGGAUUGGCAUAGUUUUGAUUUUUGCUGCCAAGUUUUGAUUUUUGCUUUAUUGGAUGUACUCCC